AUGGCUUUGUGUUUCAUUCUGCUGGUUGCGUGUUGGCCGUUCACACCGAGCUGCAGCGCGACUUUACCCCAGUGGCUCCAGCACAUCUCCACCAGCCUCUUCAACUUGUCCGGAGACAUCGUGCUCGGAGGGCUUUUCCCCAUCAACCAGCUCACCAGCAACCUGAGCCUGAGGAGGGAGCCCGACAACGUCAGCUGUGAAAGUAUAAAUGAAUACGGACUGGGCCUCGCUAUCGUCAUGAAAUACGCUGUGGAUGAGAUCAACGCCAACCAGAUUCUGCUCCCCGGCAUCAAGUUAGGUUAUGAGAUUUACGACACGUGCAGACAAUCUGCCGUCGUGGUGAAGCCGACGAUCUCCUUCCUCACUGCGAAGUCCACCAAAGCGCUGUCUGUGGAGUGCAACUACACCGACUAUGAGACCAGCGUGCCCGUCGUCAUCGGGCCUUACAGCUCAGAAAUGGUGUCGAUCAUCGGGAAGCUGCUGGGAUUCUUCCUGAUGCCACAGAUCAGCUACGGCGCCACCAGUGACAAGUUCACCGACCACCUCCUCUACCCGUCCUUCUUCCGCACGGUGCCCACUGACAAAUGGCAGGUGGAUGUCAUGGCCCUCCUGAUGAAGGAGUUUGACUGGAACUGGGUGGCGGUGGUGGGCAGUGAGGAGGAAUACGGACAACAAGGCGUGCAGCAGUUUUCCAAAGUGGCAGAAAAGAUGUCGGUGUGUGUGGCCUAUCAGGGCCUGAUCCCGGUUUACACCGACCCCGAGCCGGCGGUUAAAACAAUCAUCAGCAACAUCAUAGCCACCAACGUCGGUGUGGUCGUGGUGUUUUCUCUCCCAGAGCAGGCUGAGGUCUUCUUUAAAGAGGUGAUCCGCAGGAAUGUCACAGGUGUUUGGAUCGCCAGCUCAAGUUGGGCCAUCCACAGCCGACUGGUCUCCCUCCCCAACAUCCAAGCGGUUGGCACAAUCAUUGCAUUCAUUGACAAGACCCAGACGCUGGAUCUGCUCGCUCCCUACACACAGGAGCUCCUCCUGAAGCUGAGCCAGGAGAGGGCGAGCACGCCGCCGCCAGCCUCAAGCCCCGGCAAUCCUGACAAUCCCUGUCCACAGUGCUGGAACCUGUCGCCUGCUAACAUCAGCUUGGUGACGGACCCUGCAGUGCAGCGCACAGCGUUCGGUGUGUACGCUGCCGUCUACAGUGCAGCUCAGGCACUGCACAACCUGCUGGAGUGCAGCUCAGCUGCAUGUAAGUGGGACCCAGAAACCAAAAUCUAUCCCUGGAAGCUGCUGGAGGUUUUAAGGAAUACGUCUGUUGACAUAAAUGGCAAACAGUUAGUGUUUGACAGUAACGGCAACCCAAACAUCGGUUAUGAUUUGAUCGAGUGGGAGUGGAAGCCCUCAGGUGUGGACUUCAGCAUCGUUGGAAGCUUUUAUGAACAACUGUCCAUCAACAAGUCGCUCUUUAAAUGGCACACUGCAGAGGUUCCUCAGUCCACCUGCUCAGGUGCAUGUGGGGCCGGCCAGGUCCGCAGAGUCAAAGGUUUCCAUUCCUGCUGCUUUGAUUGUAUCGACUGUUUGCCAGGAAGCUACCAGGCUGCUGAGGAGGACAUCCAGUGCACCAAGUGUCCUGAGCGUCAGUGGUCCCUGAUCCGCAGCACCAACUGCACUGAGCCCACCUUCGACGUCUUGUCCUGGGACACGCCUGAGGCCCUACAAAUGGUUCUGAUCGGGGUGGGCCUGCAGGUGUGUCAGGCGUCGGUGGGCGUCGUGUUCUUGAUGCACCGAGGGACGCCGCUGGUGAAGGCCUCGGGGGGACCCCUGAGCUUUGUGGCUCUGCUCAGCCUGAUGGGAGCCUGCUUCAGUCUGCUGCUCUUCCUGGGGCAGCCGGGAGACGUGGUGUGUCGUCUCCAGCUGCCCUUCACCUCCAUGUUCCAAACCGUCGCCCUCUCAGUCAUCAUGGCUAUCUCGCUGCAGAUUUUCUACGUGACAGAGUUCCCAGAGAUGGCCGCCUCUCACCUGCACAUACUGAGAGGUCCUGGGAGCUGGCUGUUUGUGCUCGUCUGCUGCGCCGUGCAGGCCGGCCUCUGUGGAUGGUUCGUCCAGGAAGGUCCAACACUGUCUGAACACGUGGCAGAUAUGACCAUAGACUUCGUGAGGGCGUUCUUGUCCUGUCCAGUGCUGCCUUUGUCUGGAUUUGCCCUCAUGCAAGGCUUCAACGGUGCGAUGGCCCUCGUGUCAUUCAUGUGCACCUUCAUGGCAGUGAAGCCUCUCCAUCAGUACAACCUGGCCAGGGACAUCACCUUCUCCACCCUCAUCUACUGUGUGACCUGGGUCAUCUUUAUUCCAAUCUACAUCGGCUUGAACACCAAGAACAGGUCGAUCGUCCAUGUUUACUUCACCCUGGUGAGCGACUUCGGGCUCAUGGCGGCCUACUACCUGCCAAAAUGCUACCUGCUGUUGAGGAAGCCUGAGCUGAACACACCAGAGCACUUCUGCACCUUCCUGGAGGGCGUCCCACCGACACAGGCUCAGGAGGAGCCACAGCCACAGCCAGAGAAAUGAACGGGACUCCUACAACACGACGUUAUGAAUAAAACCAGAACUGCAGACUUGCAUGCGUUUCUAUGUGCAGCUGUAUAUGAAUGAAAACUUGUUUAUUUUAGGCCUACAGCCAAUAAAACGUGUAUUAUAUCAGGCGACAAUACUUGGCUGAAUGAAUCAUGUAAAAAACAAACUCAUACAUGAAGUCUAGAAAUAAUAUAUGAUGUAAAAUGACCUGAUGGUAGUUUAGUUGGUAUUUGUCGUUGAAUUUCUGUUUGUAUGUUGUUGAUAUGAAUGUUCCUAACAACUGCUUCGACUGAAUAUCAAGCAUGGUGGAAUAAAACCGACUAUAAGA